UAAGUCUACAUCCACGAUUUAUACGGUAAAAAUCUCCCGAGUGGUGUUUCGUUUAAUAAUUUACAUGUGUAACAUAGUUAUGUGAUAAAACACCGGGUUCAGUGGCCGCUACCGCUAUCGCAGUGGUGGAAAAUCGGUAAAAGCAACGCGCGCGCUACCUGUCGUGACCACGGUUAACCACAAGGUGCAAGGUGGCGCCGCCUAUCAUGUCGCAAGUCAACUACGAACAGCUGAUCGCGCUAGUCAAACAACAACCGGCGCUGUACGACCACUCGCAUCCGGCACACUGCAACCGUGACGUCACGACCAGGCUGUGGUCGCAGAUAGCCGCGGAGCUCGACACCAAAGACAUUCACUGCAAAACAAAAUGGGCAACUCUUCGCAGCAACUUUGUCCGAGAGAUUCGUCGAAUGAGACCCUCUGAGGAUGGGUCGAUAUGGCCGCCGCAAUGGCCACUCUUCAAGCCACUCAUGUUCUUACUUCCUUUCCUCAAAACUAGAGGAUCGGGAGGACUCCCAAUCGCAGAUGAAACAGUGUUAGGAGUUCUAGAAACAUACGACUCGACAAAACGACACCACGACGACCUACCAGAGCAACCCAAGCAGAAGAAACUGUGCAUAAACGUACCAGCAGAGGAGGAAGAGAACGAUGACAAACUGUUCAUGCUGAGUCUAGUUCCAAAGAUGAGGCUGUUGCCAAACGAAGAAAACCUCAACUUUAGGAUUGAAGUACAGCAACUGCUGCUGGAGAAACUUCGCCACUUAAAUCAACCCGUUGAGGAUGACACCUUAGAGGGCAUCUCAGUGAAAGUAGAGACAUUCGGAUCAGUCGACCAUUUGGGAGGCUUCCAGAUAGAUCAGACGUGAACAUUGAGUUAACCAAAACUGUACAAAGAUUAAUUGACUAAGGCGCUUACGUAAUCAAAAAUUAAAAUUCAC